CCUCGCGUCUCGCGUAUAGCGUAUUCCGAGGAAAAGUCCGUUCGAGACGCUGUCGCAUGCUCUGAGGCCCGUACCCACGACGACGCCGCAUCACUCACCCAUGGCACUGCGCGAGCUGCCAUUCCGCACGGCCACGGCCCUCUGCAACAACACCAGACCUGCCAUCCGCGCGGCGGUCCCCCUGUGCCGCCGCAAUGCCUCGUCCGAAGCAGUCCAAGAAAUUGAAGACGCAUCAUCAUUCGAGGUCCCGCCGCCAUCGCAGGAACUGGCAAAGAACUACGACCCCGUAGCGCGGAGUAGGCUGCGGAGGAGAGGAAACAAGCAGCUGCCGCCAAGCAGAUACCAAUACCGAUCCCCCAAAUACUACCGCGGCCCUCUCCACCCCCAUCAGCCACCUCCCGAGUCGGAUCCCUCUUCGCGACUCUUCCAGCCUGGACCCUUCAGUCUGUCUCGUCUCGAGCAAACCUACCAGAGCAAGAUCGCAUCCGAUCUCCUCACCCUCACAUAUCAACACUACCCUCCCGGUUACCGCGCUCCCAAGACGGAGCAAAGACUGCGGGAAUGGACCGGCGACUCCCCGUACUUCAAGAACCGCCCCCUCAGGCCUCCACGAGGUAAGGGUGAGGUACUCCGGCUGCUUCAAGAGCCCCGCACUUUCCGCAACAUUCCCAAAAUCACCGGUGUCACAGUCCAUUCCAUGGUGCCAGAAGCGCAGGAGAACAGCGGGAAUCUGCACGUUGCAGGUAUGAUUCUGCAGGCCAUUAGUAAUGUACGAGCCGUGUCGCACAAGGCGAGACACAAUGUCGUUGGGUGGGGCUUGCGUGCGGGCAGAUAUGUCUCGGUGACGACCAAGAUGGAGCGGGAAGAUGCGGAGCACUUUCUAGCAAAACUCAUCGAUGUGGUCCUGCCAAGGAUCAAGGAGUGGAAAGGAGUACCAGGUUCGUCUGGAGACGGACACGGUAACAUGAGCUUUGGUCUCACCCCAGACCAACUUGCCCUCUUCCCGGAGAUUGAGGUCAACUAUGAUGCAUACCCACCAAAGAUGAUUCCCGGUUGCCACAUCACCAUUCAAACCGAUGCCACCAACAACAAGGACGCACGUCUACUCCUCCAAUCCAUUGGAAUCCCAUUUUACGGCAAGCUCAACGACUAAAUGCAGAUCUCCGACUAUUGUGUAUAAACUGUGUAGAACAUGUAAGAACAAUAUACGCCUUACGAUACAUUGCAUUCAUCGCAUGUAUCCAUCCCGCAUUUUGAUUCCGCGGAGUCAAAGAAAGACCCUGGUGCACCGCGCAACGAAGAAUGAGAAUAAGAUGGACAGUUGUAGAUUUAGACAAGAUGAAGCACGAAAUCGGACUCUGUAUUAUCACAAUGUAUGCGCGUCGCGAAUGUCUUACUAUUGCGAAACAUGCAGUGCAACAUAGUUGAAUGUUGAGAAACGCGGCUUGAAAACAUCGCGAGCAACACCAUGUUCAGAAGCACAGUACUGGGAAUGUGCAAAUCAAGCAGAAUGUCUGUAUAACUCUAUGCUCGGACUCUUCAUCUCGACAUGAGACUGCAACCUAUCGGGAUGUGUCCUCG